CAGCCUGAGAUAAGGCUGUUGGCGGGUGUCUCCCCUAAGACUCCCUUGAGGGGGGGACGAGGGCAGACGGCUGAUGCAUGGAGCUGGUGAAAGUGCCACACAGAGCCGGACCCAGAAUGGGCUCUAAGUACCCACGAUCCAUGCAGUGCUUCCUGCCCCUGUGGACCCUAGUGCUGGAGGUGGCUCUCAUUGUCAUCUUCUUCUUUUUCACCUCCUAUGACACGUCCUCACAGGAUCCAAAGAAGCUCAUGGAGACCUAUCGAGUCCUGCAGGAUGUUACCAUCAUGGUGGCCCUUGGCUUUGGCUUCAUCAACUCGUCUUUGCGGAGAUACGGCUGGAGCAGCGUGGCCUUCAACCUCUUCUUGCUGGCCCUGGCGGUGCAGUGGGCAGUCCUACUGGAUGGGUUCCUGGAGCAGCUCUCCCCUAAGAAGGUGGUCAUCAAACUGUCCAGUAUUAAGCUGGCCACCAUGAGCGCCAUGUCUGUGCUCAUUUCAGCGGGUGCCGUUCUAGGCAAGACCAACCUGGUGCAGCUGGUGCUGAUGGCACUGGUGGAGGUGACAGCCUUUGAUGUCAUGAGGAUGAUCCAAAGGAAGUACUUCAUUAAGGACAACCACGUCAACAUGAUGCACAUCCACGUGUUUGCAGCCUAUUUUGGGCUGAUGGUGGCCUGGAGCUUCCGGAGGCCUCUGCAUGAGAGAGUGAUGGAGAAAGAUCAGACAUCAAAGAGCUCCAGUUUGUUUGGCAUGCUGGGAACCCUCUUCUUAUGGAUAUUCUGGCCGAGUUUCAACUCUGCUCUGCUGCUGGACUCUCCAAACGAAAGGAAGAAUGCCAUGUUCAACACCUACUAUGCUCUUGCGGUCAGCGCGGUGACAGCCAUCUCGGUGUCGUCCUUGGCUCACCCCCAAGGGAAGAUCAACAUGAAUCAUAUCCACAAUGCGGUACUGGCCGGAGGUGUGGCUGUGGGUGCCUCGUGUUAUCUGAUCAGCUCGCCUUGGCUCGCCAUGGUGCUGGGCCUUACGGCUGGACUGAUCUCCACCGGAGGAGCCCUGUGCCUGCCGAUGUAUUUUAACCACGUGCUGGGGAUCUACGACACCGGUGGCGUGUACUACACCUUCGGCUUGCCGGGGCUCCUCGGAGAGAUCGCCCACAUCGUGCUGAUCACGUAUCAAGCUGACCAGACCAAGAGUGCCAUGAUUAACUACCAGUUGCUCUUGGACAUUGGGGCACUGAGCUUGGCCAUGGCUAUGGGUCUGCUAAUUGGUCUUUUGACAGGUAAGUAUGAGACCACCCUUCUUCCCCAUGGUGCAGGGCACAGGCCCCAGGGCCAGAGUGCACCUGCCCCAUGGCUGGAUGUGUAUACCCAUCCCCUUCUCUGUGAACCCCCUCAGCUCCGGCCAAAUGAGGCAAACCACUAAGACCUUGAUUAACAACAACAAGAGAAUCACAUCAUUUCAGCAUUGGAAAGGCCCUCAGAGGCCGCUUGCUGUAGGUGUGGACUCUGAGGGCCAGAGAAAGUUAAGAGACUUUCCUGAGGUUGUAAGUAGGGGUGAGUGGCGACACUGCAACCUUGUGAACCCAGGGCUGGUGGCUUCACCCAGUUUUGUGCAUAAAGCCAAGGAAACCCUUAUGCCAAAAAGCUUACCUUUAUUCCCUGAGAAUACUCAAAGUAUUAUUUCGUUCAGCAAAUAUUUAUUCAGUAUCUACCAUGAGCCAGACACUAUUCUUAGGCACUAGGGACACAACAGUGAACAAAACAAGUUUCCUCAUCCCAUGGGGUUGAUAUUCUAGUGGAGGGGGUGGCAAUAAAUAAACGAAGAAGUAGAGUAUUUGCUAUGUCGGAGACUCAGGGUAGAGGAGCAUAGAGUCAGUGUGAGGGUGGGGUACUCUUUUAGAAGGGGAGGAAGGGUGAGGCCCCUGGGUGGCUCAGUGGGUUAAGUGUCUGACUCUUGAUAUCUGCUCAGGUCCUGAUUUCAUGGUUGUAGGAUCCAGCCCUGGGU